GGCAACAAAACAUGAACGUACACUUUUGUUUGACAGAAAGCAGUGAGUGCGCACUGCUGUAAAGUUAAACCAUGGUGUAAAGCAGACUUUGGGAUGGCAAAGUUGAACUUUUCGGUCUAAAAGACCGCAAGUCGAUGGGAAACUCUAGUUAAUCCGCCAUGGGGGCUAAGUGGUCUCGCAGCGAGAGCAGCCUGUCGCUCCUCCCGGAGAGGCAGAGCUCCGCGCGGCAGGGAGAGGACAACAACUCCGAUAACGACUCUCUGGACGGGCUCGUGCGGCGCGAGGACAUAGCUCAGUUCCCCUACGUUGAGUUCACAGGCAGGGACAGCAUAACGUGCCCGACAUGCCAAGGCACCGGGCGGAUACCCUCAGAUCAAGUGAAUGAACUGGUUGCACUGAUCCCAUACAGCGACCAAAGGCUACAACCCCAAAGAACGAAGCUGUAUGUGGUCCUGUCAGUGGUGUUGUGCCUCCUUGCUUCCUCCCUGGUGGCCUUCUUCCUCUUCCCUCGCUCUGUGAUCGUGGUGGAUGAUGGGAUACACUCUGUGUCCGUACGCUUCGACCACUUCCAAGAUAAAGUCCUAAUGAACAUGACGAGCACUCUGAACCUGAGCAACCCGAACUUCUUCUCGGUGCUGGUGCAGAGUGUGAGCUGCCAGGUCCUCUACAUGAAGAUGGUGAUCGGAAACCAGCAGCUGAACAACGUCACCACCAUCCUGCCGCUCAGCCAGAGACAGGUGAACUACACCGUCAGUGUGGAGAUCGGGAGCAGCGCCCCCUACGUCUACGCCUUCUGUACCAUGCCCAGCAUAAAAGUCCACAACAUUGUUGUUUCUAUGCAAACCACGGUAAAAACCUCAUACAUGGUGCGGACGUCCCAGAACAGCCUGGAGGCGUACCGCUACAUCGACUGCGGCUCCAACACCACGCGCUCCAAGCACAGGCACCCCUCCUCCGGCCACACCCUCAGCGCCCCCCUGCUGUGAGGUGACGCUGCACACUCCAGGAUGCUUCAUGCAGACAUACACCAGCAGCAGACCCCAUCAGAUGGUGCUCUCUAUUUAUGUUGCAUAAGCAGCUGAUAACUCGUUCCAUUUAACCAUGUAGCCGGGCAACAGGCGAAUUCCUGUUAGGCGUGGAUAUUUCCUGCCCUUUCUAUGGAUUUGUACUCACAUUAACAGGGCUGAUCAUUGCCCAAUGCAAUACGAGUUAAAGAAAAGGUUGACUUCUCAAACUUGCUGACGGAAUGAGUCACAUGUUCAGACGCUGAUAGAGGAGUGACUAGCUGAACGUCGAGCACUCUUUGUCCCUGUUUCAGAGGCAGGACAGAGAGCUCUUUCUUCAAAGGGAAUGGCAGACAUUCCAAGCUGACAAAGGCAUUUAGCUUUAAUUAACGCUGCGUGGCUGUGUGCUGUCGUAACAUGGGAGCGUUCUGCAGCGUAGCAUUAAUGUGAUGUUGCACUGUUGGACUGAUGGCUGAGGCGUACAGGAGGGGGCUUGCUGUUUUCUGUUUGGGAUUUAGUGCGACCUCAGGAGGGAAACCUUAAUGAUUGAAUGUUUUUGCACCUCGAAACUGGGACAUAUUGUUAAAUAUAUUGCUUUUGCUGUUUAAUUGAACUGAUGCAGAAGCUGAAAAUGGCAUUUAACAUAUCACAGAUGUUUUUAAAGGAGUUGAGAUGUUAUUUCACAGCAGGUGUAAGCAUACUGAUUUUAGAUUCAGGGCAGAGGAGUGUCACAGAGAGGAAACUGCUCUCAGGCUGCAUGUUUUGUAUAAGCUAUUACCGAAGCUAAUACGGAGGCCCUGAGAUGGAGUUGGGGGGGAAAAAAUCCAGUAAUCAAAGAACAGGUGAUUCAAGUGUUUCUUGUUUGUGAAACGGGUGGAGAAAAGGUAGUUUUUCCAGGUGAAGAUUUUUUUUUUCAACAAUCACUAUUCUGUUUUCUUUUAAAUCUUAAAACUGGUGAAAAUGAUCGUGUGUUGUAAUAUUAAUUUCGGCAAGCAUUUAUUUUUCUUUAACGUCAAUUAAAAAUAUAUUUCUAGCCAAUAGAAGGAUUGGUCAAAGAGACAUGACAGUAAUGGGACACAAUGUUUUAGUAGUGCACUUCGACCUGUUGUGGUCAAAAUGGGUAUUACAACAAUAAACGCCACACUUUUUGUUAUUCACCUGCCAACUUUAUUUUCCACCUUGUUUUUUUAACGUUUUAAAAGAUGAUCCUGACAAAGCUUUUAUCAGCUGCUCUUAAGUUAUAAACACUGGUAAGACGACUCUUACUUUAAAAACAAAUCUCUGGAAUUUGUUGUCAUUUGCAUUUCAGCGCUUACGUCUUAUUAUAAACUAGGAUAUUCUGGAGUUAAUGACCGUAACGGACAAUAUUUUUUAUCAUUUACACUCCUAGCUAAGCUACUGAGGAAUAUAGGAUGUGCUGUUGAACAUCUGUAUGCAGUAUCCUUUCAAAGAUGGCCUUAAAAAUCCAGAUGUGCAACAGAAAACCGUUAAUGAAUGAAAGUGUGUGUAUUUUUAAGUUUAAUUGCAUUCGGUCAGACCGUAAUCGAUCUACACGGUUAUUUCCUCUGCGUUACCCUUCAUCUGCGUGUUUUGAUCAACUCCUCUGUCGUAUGACUCAUUUCUCAUCCUCCAAUCAGGAAGUACAUUAUCACUAUUCAUGGCUGUUGGCUGAAACCUCACAAAAUGUUGUCUAAUUGUUUCUGCUACAGGAUCUGUUCUGUCAUGAGGUUGACUUUAAAAUGGAAUCAAAGUAACUUAAAACAAUUUAGAUUUGUUAUUUUACAAAGGGACAGUUUGUAAAUGUGAGAUUGAUUUUACCAGGGUUUAAAAAAACAAAAACGGUUUACUGUAUAUUGUCAUGCUUAAAAGUUAUUAAAGGGAUGUUUGAAUAAAUAAAACUAAUAAUGAAGCCCAAUAA